AGUUUACUUCUUCUCAUGUAUAUCUAUAACAGAUUGUAGUCCCAUCUUGGGUUUUAUUUUUAUCAUUUAGAGUGUAUAAAUCAAUAUAAAAGAUCAAUGAGAAAUUAAGCCUUUUAUACGAAAUUCUUGUGUUGUUUUAUGGUAUUGGAGCUUCACCUCUCACGAGCAAAUUAACAAGUUUCCUUAUGGCAACCGACAACUCUAGCACCUCAACACCACCCAAUGUCCUCACCACAUCGGCCACUCUUACCACAACCAACUCACAAAUUGCCAUCACCAAUACUCAUCUUCCUCUUAAACUCACUCAAACAAACUACCUUACUAAUUGGAUAUGAUCUCAUUGGCUUCAUUGAUGGCUCAAAUCCCUAUCCCACAGAAACCACCAAUGCUUCCAACCUUUGGAUGCGUUAGGUCCAACUUCUUUUUCAUGUUAUUCGCAUCUCAGUCUCUGACCCUAUAGUAAUGUUUAUUGCCUCCACAAAAUCAUCCAAAGCAGCUUGGGAAAAACUCAAGAAUCUCUAUGCCAACAAAUUUCGUUCUCGUAUUAUGAGUCUUAAAGAACGAUUGAUAAGACCUCAUAAUGGUCAAUCUAUUGCCGAUUAUCUACACCACUUCAAGGCUAUCUCUGAUGAGUUGACCCUAAUUGAAGCACCUCUAUAUGAUGAUGAUCUUGUGAUUCACAUCCUCAAUGGUGUUGAAGAUGAUUUCAUAGAGCUUACCGCUGGUGUUCAUGCUAGAGAGGCACCGAUCUCCUUCGAAGAUCUUCAUGACAAGCUUUUUGAGUUUGAUGCCUAUCUUCAUCGUCAUGAAACCAAAGUUGAUCCUCCUGUUCUAUCAGCCAAUGCAACCAAUCGUGCCAACACUACUCACUCUUUCGCUAACCGUGGAGGUAAUCAAGGUCGUGGUUUUAGACCCUCUAAUGCCUCAAAUCCUACAGUCUCAGCACCUAGUUUCAAUCAAAACUGUCGCAACAACAACACCCAUGACCUAGGAUAUCGAGGCUUCUACUAAUUGUGCGGUAUCCAAGGUCAUUCUGUCAAACGAUGUUUGCAAAUUAAUCGGUUUGCACAAUCUGCGCCCAUGGCCAACUUUACCACCACUGGACACACUUCUCAUCAAUCGUGGCUUGUUGAUACUGCAGUCACAAAUCAUGUUACCUUAGAUCUACAAAAUCUCUCUCUUUCAUCACCAUAUGAUGGCGGUGACAAUAUUAUCAUUGGUGAUGGCUCAGAUUUGUGCACGAGAGAGACUCUAGUUCAAGGCCUGAAUAACAAUGAUGUGUAUGAAUGGCCCAAGUCGCCUCCCAUCUCUGCCAUGGUUAGUGUCAAAGCUCCUUUGUAAAAUGGGCACAAAAGACUAUGCCAUCCGUUCUCUCGCAUUCUUCAACAAGUAGUCAACCAGUUCUCCCUCCUAGUAUCUUCCAUUUCGAAUGAGUCCAACUUAUGUCAGUCAUGUUCUUGUUCAAAGAAUCAUAGAUUACCAUUUAGUGAGUCCUCUGUUAAGAGUCGUUGUACA